AGAUGAUUGCAAACCAAUGCAAAAUAGCCACUGAACACAGUGAACAGAAGUUGAAGAGAACUCUUUCAAUGGCUGUAGCUUGGUGUUCACAACUGCUACUACCAAUUAGAGGCAAGCAAGAUUCAGGGGCAUACAAAGCCAGUUGUGGCAAGCAAGAGAUUCUUGGGAUUCAUGACUUUCUACACAGCUCUUCUACUGCUAGACGUCACUCUGUGAAAACUAGGGCUUCACCAAGCAAUCAAAACCCAAAGCCAAAAAGUGUGAUCUGUGCCGAUUGUGAUGGAAAUGGUGCAGUUUUGUGCUCGCAGUGUAAAGGUAGUGGAGUGAACUCUGUUGAUGUUUUUAAUGGGCAAUUUAAAGCUGGUGACUCCUGUUGGCUUUGUGGAGGGAAAAAGGAUAUGUUAUGUGGGAAUUGCAAUGGAGCUGGCUUUAUUGGUGGUUUUAUGAGCACUUUUGAUGAGUAGAAGUGUUUAUAAGAUGUUGCAGAGCCUUAAAUGAAUGUCAAGCGAGUUGCCUCAGAAUCAGGAGAAAACACAUGAAAUAUAUGAGAUUCUCCCUCAGCCUCCACUAGCUCAACCUCUUUAACCCCUUGCUUAGCUAAAAA